AUGGCGUCCUCAAUUCCUCUGAGGCGUACGAAAGGUGUUGUCCUUCUUCUUGCAGGCUCGGCUGCCCUUCUCGUUUACCUUGCCUAUCGCAGUACUCUCACCUCCAAGUCAAAACAAUUCUCCUCCUCAACCGGUACCACAGACGAAUCGCCUGCACACGAGUCAGCGAAACGCGAGCAGUCUCCAAUCCAAGCCGGAUCCACCCCUGAAAUACACAUUGGUGUGGAUGGCGACCCAAAAGCUGUCGCUACGCAGAAGAACGAGGACGAACAGGAGGAUGGAAAUGAGGAAAACGAGGACGAAGAGUCAGAUUGUGACGACUUCGAAAAAUUCCGGCCUAUCAUGGCUGCAAUUGACCUCGACAAGGUCAAGCAUGCCGCCCUGGAAAUGCGCGCUCGGCAACGACCUUACCACAAUGCCGACCGGGAAGGCGAUGUUAAUGGGGCACUCGACUGUACCAUCGCAGAAGAACUUCAUCGGGGGUCAUUCAAUCUCGUCUACGUUGUACAGUGGUCGGACGGUCUGAAAUGGAUCCUGCGGGUCCCGGGCCAUGGACUGGAAUUCGAUGCGAACGAUGUCACCCGCAUGAACACUGAAUAUCGCACAAUGGAAUAUAUCCGACAGCAUACCACAAUCCCUAUUCCACAAGUUUUUUCUUGGGAAAUCAAUUGCGAAAGCAUCGGAGUACCCUUCGCAUUCAUGUCUUUUGUCGAAGGGGAGCCAUUGUACCGUGUCUGGUACGACAAAGACAAGUUCUCAGAUGAUGCGCGGUCGAAGCUCCUGUCAGACUUAGCUGCCUACAUGUCACAAUUACACAAGCUGGAGUUUCCAGCAAUGGGUAUGCUACAGUUUCAAGACCCUCUGGCGCAGCCAACGGUUGGGCCUAUCUACGCAAGAGAAGUCGAAUUCUUCCAGGACGGUUGGGGCAAGCAUCAUGUGGAAGGACCUUACACAUCAAUAUCUGACCACCUGCUGAUAUUACUAAGCCGGUGUGAACAUCGCUCAAAAAUGUCACAAUCCGAGGAGCCCCUUUUCAAGAUGAUCAUCGAGUCGAUACCGAAGUAUCUCGAUGGCAACGGGAGGUUUUAUCUAUCUCCGGCCGACUUCAACGUUCAAAAUGUUAUGGUAAACGCAGCUGGAGAGAUAAAAGGUAUCAUUGACUGGGAUAAUGUGACAACCAAGCCAGCUGCUUUUGGCUAUGCCCGAUAUCCACUCUGGCUUACUCGAGACUGGGAUCCUUGUUCAUGUGUAUUCAACUGCGAAGACGAUGAGUGCACUGAAAGCAAACCUCAAGAGUUUCUCAGGUAUCGACAACAUUACGCCGCAGCCUUUGCAGCCUGUUCUCCGAAAGAUUACGACCCGAUGAUGACCAAGGCUUCCCACAUACUCGGAGCCAUCUGCAUGGCAUUGGAAAGCGAGAUAAUGAGAGAUGGCCUUCUGCACCAAAUCAUGGCUUUUGCUUUCGGCGGCAAGCCUCCAUUUCUUUUGAGCGACUACGUGAAGUCAUAUGUGGCCGACGAUACAGCCGACAAAGACAAACUACUCAAGGUUGCCUUUAGUAGAAUGUGGCAGGAGUAUGGGGAGUGGGAAGAAGCGGAGGAGCGGACAUGUCAAUUCUUGCGCGAGGAAUUUGGAUGA